CGGUGGACUAAACAGAGGCUCUCUCUUGCAGACAUACGAUCUUCACCUACCCUUUUGUCCUGGGAAUUUUUCGAGGACAUUCUUAUGUAUGCAGCCACAUUGGGAAGCUUAUAGCACGUGACCCAAUGCUGAAUCGCACAAUAACAUAAAAAAAUGGACUCGAUUAUUUACAACCGUUGAUCUGGAAACCACCUUUGCUACACCCCCCAACUAUUGACAAAUCGGAAUUUCCCAGGGUAUAGAGUUACCAGAGUUGUUUCCACUUCUAUCAACUCCUUUUUUUUUAUUUCCAUUCCUAACUUUCCCUUGGCUAGCCUUCACAAGUCUUUCCGGUUUGUAACCUGGACCCCUAGGCAGAUUAAGAUCUGGUACAUGCCCCACUCUCUUUGACACUCCGCUUAACCCCUCCUCUAUCUCCUUGCUUUCCUUCUAUGAUAUCUUUGGAUAAACUCUGCAGCGUGCUCUCGGCGUUGGAACACAAAACAGACAACCUUUUGCACAACAUCGUGGACAACUCCGAACUCCUCCAGAGCCUCAACGAGAUCAACCAUGACAUCACCGACUCUGACCGCGCGCUCGACAGCAUCACAGCGUCGCUCCAGGAGUCGACAAGGUUCGCCUCCGGACUCGACUCGCUAGCCCUCAGGUCUGAGUACUUCGAAGCGCAGUUGAAUGUCUUGGAGUACCAGCACCUAAUGGGCAGAAACCGGCUCUUUGGUCUGGGCCAGGAAGCCUCAGGGUUAGACUGGUCGCAGACCGAGUCGUCGCUUGAGGAGUUGUUCUUAGAGUUCCAGACGUUGACCAAGUCUAUGAAGGCUGCUGAUAGGCCCAGUGAUGCCAUUGAUAAGCCUGGGACAGGUUUUACGCCCAGAAGCUUCCACACACCAAAGCGUCAGAGUGACUCCUCUAAGGAAGGCCAUCUAGUGGCCGAUCAGCUUUCGCUCUCAGAGGUCAACUCCUUCACAUACACAGCCACGCCGCCGAUGCUUCCGCGCGAAGAGACUAUCCGUUUGAAGCCGAUAACGUGCAAGUCGCGGCGAAUCACGAAACACAAGUCGCGUUUCACGUUGAAGCGGUCGUUUAGCAACCUCCAUGUUGCUAGUGACUCCCAGAACUACCCGAUGCCCAGGACAGUCUUUGACCCCUCUCUGGAUUUGAGUGUGAGUGCAGAAAAGUCUGAUUUGAAUGCGCCCAGAAAACUCUCUACCGAUCCAUUUAGGCCCUUCGAUGGGAUGGAGAGAGACCAACUUUUUAGCAAGUCGUCCAGACACAAUUCUCCUGAUCCGGAGUAUGCCGGUAGCGAUCUCUCUUCUAUGGACAAAGCUGCUAGAAACCUCUCUAUCUUAGAGCACAAAGCGAAUACCCCAGUCUCUGAUUACACAGAAAGCGCACCUACUCUAAGCGCUUUGCCCGAUUCAUUCCAUUCUGCCUCCGACAAGCUCAACUUGAAAAAGCACACGUCCUUACCCCACUUCAACCGCAUUUCACAUGCCAAACCCACCUCAAAGUUGCAUAUGGCACUCGUGGAAGCCGGCCAGGAGCCUGUUGACGACCAUGAAGCCUUGAAACACUACGUGUCCCACGACACUCUCCUCCGAAAAGACCACGGGUAUGUCCUCAACAUGAAAUCAGCUGCCACCACCAGCACCAACGAUGACUAUUUCACAUACAAUCCUCGCAAGUCAGUGGCGGCAGACCUGGCACCCUCGCCCAUCUCCAUGGCGUCCCGUGUAUUCGAGCCGAAAAAUUACCACAGGCGCCACAGUAUCACUACCAGCACAGCCUCACACCACGUCUCGACACCCGCUACAACCUACUCCAUGUACGAGGACACCCCCAGAAGCCGAACUGGGAAGCCGAGCCUGCUCCCGCUGGUGGGCUACAGCGAAAAUGAAGAGGUAUUUGGCGAGAAUGUUGUAGACAGUCCUGGAUAUUAUCAUUACGGUCCUUACAACAUCGAUGACUACGACUUUUCGGCGUCAGAGUCCGAAUUCGAGGGCUCGGGGGAGGACCACAGUAAUGAGGAAGUCCCUAGACCUGUUUCUCGGGCCAGCCGAACAUCGGUGCUCACCGUGGAUGACUACCAGAGACUCCAAAAAACAAUGCUUGGCGCCAUCCGCUUGCCUCCGCAGAGCCAGAAAUUGCAGAUGAUCGCGAAACCCACCAAGAACGAUAUCGAGCGACAGACAAUGGGAUGGUUAGGCCGCUUUAGCCAAAAGACGGGCUUGGUGCAAGCGUCGAAUUUGGGCGUUAGUGUGGCCACCAGCGGCCUUCACACUAACGUAAUUUCAUCCAAUGGAGUGGUGGUUUACCUGAAUGAGAACAGGAAGAGUCCCCCAGACAACAUUUGCAUCAAUACCAAGAACAUCACCGAGGAAACUGAAUUACCGCUGCUGCUGGUGGAACACCGUUUGACCAAGUAUCUUACAAAACCGGAACAAGCGUGUCAAAAAGAUUCUCAGGAAAAGCUAUCGCGGAUCGCCCAGAAGCGGGUGUUGUCAUUCUGGGCGGACUCAGGAAACUUGCUCACCCACUACCGUCUCCCGGCCUUCUCCGAGCCCUCUAGAGUGCUUCCAACUACCCCGGUAAGGAAAGCUGCCUUGGAUAUCAGUCAGGUGCUAGUCCGGUCUGAAUCACAGCCUCGAAGGGUGUCGGUAGACGCCAACAGCCCGCCUUUACCCUUGCAGCAGUCAAAACAAUGGUCAUUGUUGUUUGCGAAAUUGAAGGCCGCGAAGCACCACAGCUACGAGACGAUCCAGCGGCUCGGGGACGAUUUGAGUAGACCCAUUGUAGAGACCGGGGUGCCUUUACCGCAAAACGACCCAGCUGCCCCUUCCAGACUGUCGAUGAUAGCCAUCAAGCAGAAGAAGUGGCGGGCUGAGGACGACGCAAUCAAAGGGUCUUAUUCGAAAGUGAUAAUCGGAGGCGGAAAGAAAAAAUUCAUUUUUAACGGCAAGGCCGAAGACAUCGAGUGGUGCGAGGAGGACGAUCACCCGAUGAUGUCAAGGAUCAGCCAGCAGGCCUUGGACGAAAUCAGCCAACAGGCUUUGGACGAGGCGCUAGCUAGCGAGGGUUUUUUAUUUCAGUAAACUGUAUUGGGUUUCUGCUGCCUUAUGCUAGCCAUGUAACCAAUAUAAAAUGAUACUGUUAGUAGC